UAUUAUGUCAACCAUUAAACCAUUUCAAAUUUUUGAUAUUUUAGAUUACAACAACAUAAAUUUAGAUAUUCUAACAGAGACAGUAAAUAUUAUAUCAAUUUUAGUUCAAUAUAGGCUUCUAUGGAAAGUAUAUUGCUAAAUGGCCAGAAUUUUGUAUUUCCAUUAAAAAUCAUUUCGGCAAUUUUUAAGGAUAUUGUAAAAACUUCUAUCUAAUUUUAAGUAUUGGGUAAAAUUGAAGGAGAAAAAAAUAAUAACAAUAAAUAAAAUUGGCAUGGUCAUAUAAGUGUAUUUAAAAUUAAUAAUAUUAAGGCAAUUACUGUAGCUCCUGAAUAUAGAAGACAAGGAGUAGCAAGAUUCUUAAUGAAUUACAUAGAAGAAGUAACAAAUAGUUAAAAUGGUUGGUAUGUCGAUUUGUUUGUUAGACCAUCAAAUAAAAUUGCUGUAUUAAUGUAUUAAAAUUUUGGAUAUGAAAUAUAUCAGACUGUAUUUCAAUAUUAUAGUAGUCAAAAUUCUAAAUAUGAAGAUGCAUAUGGUAUUAAUAAUUUAUAUUACAGAUAUGAGAAAAUCUAUGUUAAGAGAUAAAUAAAAACUUAAACAGAAACCAACAGGAAAAACCAUCAAGCCAGAAGACUUAGAAUUCAAUUGAAUUCUAGUAUCCUUAAUCAGAUAUGUUAAUAAAUAUAAAAAAUCGAAAUUUAU